CUACGCGUCGUCGUCGUCGGUGAUAGGAAAGGCAAAAUCCUUCGGUGCCCGACAGCCAACCGUUUGGCCUUCGCCGUCAGUCGAGUUUUGGUCGUUCCGGGCGUCGGAAAGGCGGACCAUCACCGGUGCUCGUCUGCGCCUAUUCCGGCAACAUCCGGCCGUUGCUCAGCAAAAGGACCGCCACCACCACCAUCCGCGGCGCACCAGCUGGUUGGUGGUAUCGUAGUGGGGUCCGAUCGGCACCGCCGAUGAAGUGAGUGUGUGGAUGGUAGAAGGAUAGUGCCCUAAAGUGUGAUUGCGUGGACGUGUGCUUGGUUCUGUUCGUGCAGCCGUGCAUGUGUGUAUGGUGUUUGGGUGUGAUCUAGCUCUCCCUCUUCUUCAUCCACGAAAAGGUGAUUAGGCAAAGGGAAAACUGGCCCCCCAGUGCCAGCGUGUGUGUGUGUGUGUAGACAGGUGAUUGGGAGAGCUUACGAAAGAAGCAGCUGAAGCUGGCAGAUUAUCCACCGGGACGGAAGUGCUGCUGCAAGUGCUGCCAAAGCUGAUGAAGUGCUUGAGCAUUGAGCACUGUACGGGACGGCACGACGAACUCGAACUCGCCAAGAACACUAGCAAAGCACAGUUUCAUCGGCCGUGAAUAAACAACGGCGAAAAACUGCUACAAUAAUGUUCAAGUAACAUGGUGUGAAAAACAAAACCCCCAAAACGCUUACAACCUACCAAAGCCCACCGAAAACAGUGCAACAACAAGGCCAGUGUUUGCCAGCUUGCCGAACGUCUUGCCACAGAGCGUUAACCUCAUCCACACCUCUACGGCCCACAUUAUCUGCGGCACCCAUCACCGUUUAAGCUUCAGCACUUAGUGUAUGCGUCCGUAUAUCUGUGUGUGCAUGUGUGCAUGCGAGUUUAUUUAAUAAUCAUCAGCGUAGUAAAAGUGUGAAUGUUCUGUAGUAUCGACGUGUAGCACACACUCACACGUGGUGUGGUUUUUCUCGCUUCCGGUACGCCUAGGAUAAAGUGAAAUGCAUAUUUACCAUCCGGUAACGUCUUGUGUAAUGCGCGGUGUAAUUGAGCAAACAAUUAAAUUGUACCACCGCCGCCAGAGAGUGACAGUGAGCCGUAGAAACUUAACUCAGCCGUGAAAAGAAAAUCCCACCUUAGCAGCAGCACCAGCAACAACAAAAACGAAGCAAAGGGUGGUGUGCAAUCAAGGCGAGUGAGGUUGCGGUUGUUACCUGUAGAAACCCGAUCCUUUCGCUGCAGGAUUCGGAACGAAUGUGGGGUAGCUGUCUCGACGCACGAUCGGAAGAGGAGCCGGUGAAGAGAGAAGAAUAAAUCUUAAACCUUGAUUUAAGAGCCAUCGUUUCCUGCUUUCCUCCUUGCUGUCGAAACGGGACGGGAAGGCAUGCUCACGGCCGGAUCUUCCCAUCAGCUACUAGACAUCCCGUGGACAUGAGUGUCCCAUGACUCAUCGCGAUGCAUAAAAUUGCGUUAUGGCCCUGGUUAGCCAUAGCCUGGAGAUGGAGAACCGUCAUUAUAUUGAAUUUGUUAGCACAAAGCUGGUGCGCCGGCUCUGUCCCGUCAAGUGGUUUAAAAACAAGCGAUGGAAGUAGCAUCGGCAGCGGUGGCAUCGGGAUCGGCGAUGAAGGUGCCGGUGCGGCCGCCAGUAUGCCCAAUCUGCUCGAGCAGGACGGAAUGUUUGGGCCAGCGACGACGACCAUCUACACCGAGCGUCACACCAUCACACCGACGGAGGAAGCGAUCGAAGACUCUCUGCAAACAAUACACGACAUCGCGACGGAAAACCUGGGCGCCCUCUGCCUGACGAAGCUCUACCGGCCGCUAAAGAUAACGCUCAACCCGGAGCGCUACACCGGCGCUCGCCAGAAGGCGGAUCUGGCCGCGGUCGUACUGCAGGACGUGGGUGUGUCACGCCACAACGGUUUGCUGGACGCACUGGCGAAGGGUUUGCUGUCCGACGCGUACGUCACCAGUGCGCGGAUUCUGUCGAUCAACGUUACCGACGGUUUGCUCACCAACUCCGUCUGGUGGAACAAGGAACCGGGCGGUAUGGGCACUCCGUUGCGUAUCGAGGCGGAAGGUAUAGCGAUCGGCACCAAGCCCGACCCCAGCUAUCCGUGGUUUGAGGAUGAAACGUCCUCGCCCGGUCUCAGGUCGCCCAAGUUUACACCGACCCCGCCGGACAUUUCCUACAAAGGCUGGUGGACCUACCCGUACUACUCCUGCGGCCAGAAGAAGUGGAUCCUCUCGUACAGCGUCGCCAUCCCACCGAUGGGCCGGCACGGCAUUCGCGGUUUCCUAAGCAUCGACAUCGACAUCAGCGAUCUGCAGGUGAACCAGUGCAACAAUCCGAACCGGUUCGAAAUCCUCAGCUACAAUCAGCACCUCCGCCAGUACUACCCGUUCGUGCGCAACCUCAAGCUCGGCGAGGACGAGCAGAUGCGCCAGAUCGAGGCGUUUCACGGUUCGCACAAGUGCCACGUGCACAGCAUGCGGUGCGAGUACCGGCCGGUCGUGACGAGCGUCAUCAGCCCCGCGUCGCUAACGGUCGGCCCGAACGGGACUGGGCCGCUGAUGACGCUCGGCGGUAGCAUCGUUAACGGUAGCGGUGGCCCGAGCGUGCUGCUGACCGGUGGCACCACCUUGCAGACGGUGGUGAAUGGAUGGACGCGCGGUGCGUACCAGUGCCGGUGCAAGGACGGGUUCUACUCGUUCCGCCAUCCGGAUGGGUUCAAUGGCAGCAUCAUGGAGGUGGCGUACCAGGAGUACCGGGACAACAUCAGCACGUACUACAAGGAGGUGUUUGUGUGUGUACGGUGUGCCCCCGGUUGUGCGACCUGCACCGGACCGGAACCCUGCCUGGCGAGCUACAAUUGGGCUUUCAGAACGACACUGCUCACCUUCUCCGUCAUGUGCGCCGGGUUUACCGUCGUGCUCGCACUGUACAUGUAUCAGCACCGGAAGGUGAAAGUGUUCAAGGUGGCCAGCCCAAUCUUUCUCACCAUCACGCUGCUCGGUUGUGCCUUCAUGUACCUGGAGAUGGCGGCCAUCUUUCCGAUCCUCGACACCUACUCGUGCAUCGCUACGAAAUGGACGCGGCACAUGGGCUUCUGCGUGACGUACACGGCGCUGCUGAUGAAGACCUGGCGCGUCUCGCUGACCUACCGCGUCAAGUCCGCGCACAAGGUGAAGCUCACCGACAAGCAGCUGCUGCAGUGGAUGGUCCCGAUACUGCUGGUCAUGUUUAUCUACCUUGGCACCUGGACACUGUCGGCACCGCCGACCGCAGAACGGAUCGAGGACCAGUACGGGUUGAUAUUCAAGCAGUGCUCGUACAACUGGUGGGACCACAGUUUGGCCAUCGGCGAGGUACUGUUUCUUGCCUGGGGUAUACGCGUCUGCUACAACGUGCGCAACGCCGAAUCGCUAUACAACGAGGCGAAGCUCAUCUCCUACGCCAUCUACAACAUUGCCCUGGUCAACACGACCAUGGUAGCAUUCCACUUGUUCAUUUUCCCGCAGGCUGGGCCGGAUAUUAAAUACCUGCUCGGCUUCAUACGUACGCAGCUAUCCACCUCGGUCACGAUAGCGCUCGUGUUCGGGCCGAAAGUGCUGCGUAUACUGCGCGGCCAGGGUGACCAGUGGGAUCAGCGGGCCCGGAAGCGGGGCAUCACGGCGUCCUUCUCACUGAACGGCAUCGGACUGGUGCCGGAGGAAACGGCCGACCUAUAUCAGGAAAAUGAAGAGCUGAAGGAAGAAAUUCAGAAACUCGCUGCUCAAAUUGAAUUUAUGAAAAUUGUUCACAUGGAAAUGAACAAUCGCCAUCUGAAGCCGAAACCGGGCGGCUACUUUACCAUGAAAAGUCCGCUCGGCAAAUCGUUCGGCGGUGGCGCCGGUGGUGGCGCGGGCGGUGGCAGUGGCAGCGGUUCGCACCGGCACAAACACACCAAGGACGACUCGGUGAAGGAGCACAGCGGCGUGACGGAGGAUGGACACAGCGGCACAAACAGUUGCUACUCGGGAACGGCCAACUCGAUCGGCUUUACAGCGCAACCGACCACUACCACCACCACCACCAGUACGAGCACCGCGGCAAACAACAGCAGUGGGCUGACCGAGAAGGUAUGACAAGGCAACCGAGAUGGACAAGCAGGAAUGGACGGUAGCAACCCCGCCAGCCCGUACCAUUCAUCGUCCAAUUCUGCCACGUACACGGCAACGGACAGUACGAACCAUGCCAGCGCCGGCUACAGCAUCAACUACAGCGUCACCCAACCGGGCUGGGGGAAGCCUAGCGCUGGCAAAAACGCACACCAGCCCGUUUUCAAUCUCAACAGCAUCAACAACAACAACAACUGCAACCGUAGCAGUAAUAGCGGCAGCAACGCAAACAGCCGCCCGAGCACCUCCCGCCACCAACCGGCGGUGGCUGCCACUAGCAACGAUCACGAUAACUGCAAUAAUAAUCAAAGCAAGCUAUCGCCAGUGCAACCGGCUGGUGCGAUCGUGAAGGGGGCGCCCCGGGAGGAGCCCGAUAAUCGACUGAACAACAACCACAUCGUGCCAGCACCGGCAGGGCCAUCACCGGUCCCGUCCUCGCUGCCAUCGCCGUCCGCUUCGAGCAGAAGCUUGCCGAGGACGGAGGACAUCUCUAUCGGGGCCGCCGAUUGCACGACAACCGUCGAUACGACGACCGAUACGAGCACACACACCACCAGCGAUACCAUCGAUCAGCGGCUGCCCGUGUACGUAUGAGAUGGGAGGCGGGGGCUGGUUGAGACCGGAGGCACCGGUGAAGAUGAAACCGGGCCCAACCGCCACUCGAGAUAUAACCCCCAUAACGCUUCGCUAUUGUUGUAACCCCAAUUCAUCCCCCAACCCCCGUGUUGUCGUGUUGCGGACAGCGUGAGUGAUGUGCAGGACGCCCUCCGCACCAACAAAAAAACAGGAGGGACAGAACAUAAAUCCUUCAGCAACAACACGACGAGCGCGCAUUAAAUAUGGCCGAAGCAAGAACAGCGACCCGGUUUCGCAACAUUCCUCGGCACCCAGAGGCACCAGAGCGCGCACACACACACCCCCCUGACCGCACAAGCACGUGAUAAUGAAGAGAAACAAGUGACACGAUGUCAAGCGAAUUACAUUACCAGCCAUCCUGAGCCAAUGGUUGCAAAUUCUCCUGGCAUUUGCCAAGUGUUUUUUUUUUGUACCACACCACUGUCCGCUGGUGGCAGCAGCGGCUACCAUUACGCGCUGACGCGGUUAGAGAGUGUGCGUGCGUGUAUAUGUGUGUGUGCCUGUUGGGGUUUUUUUGCGUGUUUGUUAUUACUGCCAACUACCGUCUGUUAUGCUUGUUAUCUGUGUAUCCGGCCGACUGACGAGGGGGCCGGACCACGGACCAUUUCUCCCUCUACCGCGGGACUGGUGGUGGUCAUGUUUUAUGCUUAAGUUUUCACGCUUCUCCCGUCCUCCAGUGCACCGGAGGCAAGUGAGAGAGACAGAGAGAGAGACAGAGACUCCGUGACAAGGGGAACGUGUUUGCUGUAGCUAGGCAGCAGCUAGGAUGAUCUGUUGUUCUUCACCGCUGCCGUUGUUUAGUUUUGUGCGCCGUACCACCGUGCAACGGGAGAAGGAAAACUGACACCCCGGGACGAUGAUUUAUGCUGCGUGCUGCGCGGGAAAGCGGACCACGGCACGGACAUUGAUGAAGAGCGAUCCCGCCUCACAACAGUAGCAGCAGCAGCAGCACUUGCAAAGAACCGAAGCCGUAACGUACGCGUCUCGUCUCAAAUGCUACAAAAGUGCCGGGAGAAUGCUAACAAGUGUUACGGAAUUAUGGUCGACGGUUCGUCACCCGGGUCCCCGGCAGCGGCAUUUGCUCAACAACCAACCCUUUCCCAAUAGCUACACCCACCGGUUCGGCAGUACAGCAGUAAGGUGAAGCCGACGGUGAAGUGACCGUAAAUGAAUCAAAAGUGAACAAUAUCAACUGGGAAGCUGGGAGAAGGUGGUUGGCGAAACACGGCACAGCAAAUGCUGCUCUGCUGGAAUGUUUUGUUCUGUUCCCCCCGUCCUAGCGAUCCUGCGUCCGGGAGAAGAGGGGCAGAACGUAAGCGAAUCCCAGAACCAUCCCGGAAACACAGGAAAGGACACAGCUGCAGUAUCGCGCCGGGAUGGGCCGGGAAAACGAGAAAACUUUCCCAUCAACAAUAAGGCAUUACACUGAAGAGACAAGCGGAAAGCAGCAACAGCAGCAGCAUUAAUGCACUGAGGGCAAAAAUUAUGACGACACUCAAUUCAGUUACUAUAACCCCGAGGUAAUGCAGAGCCGAGGCCGUUUUUUCCAACCAAUUCGUUCGUUUCACGCAAUACAUUUCAAUUUCCUUCUCCAAACGCCACCAUGAAGAAAUUGUAAAAGGCAAGGCACCCAUAAAUCCGCAGGCUCUAACCAGCGUCAACGGUGAAGGGAAAACAUCGGAUACACCCUUGCUUGUGCAUUACUGGAGCUGGACGGAUAAAUCGAUGUUGAGGUAGCGAUUCCUAUUCCCACCAUCCAUUGGGGGGAGAGGCAACUAGAAAAGGUCAUUUAAUUUCCUACGGAGCAGGUUAGUUGGCGGAGUGAUGUUGUUGUUGAACUUGCCAAAAAAAAAAGAAGCAGUUCGAUCUUGUCCAUCUCGGUCUGUUGUAAUGAGUUUUGUCGGAAAGACAUUGGUGAAAGCAUGGUAGAUGUAGAAGAAGAGUGUCGUAGUGUCAUUCAUAGGAUGAAAGCUCCCAAAAUACCUUUUUUGUCUAGUGUGAUGAGUGCGUUUUGAAAUGUAGCCAAUCUCGGGUAGAGAGAGAGAGAGAGAGAGAGAGAGAGAGAGCGAAAGAGAUAAAAAUCACUUACCACGCCCCACUAGGUUAGGAGUUGCGUCUAUACCUGCAGCUCGGAGCCACCACCGCAAACGGCAACGACACACGCGUCAACACUGCGCGCUCCAUAGAAUCCAUGCGAUUCUUGGUAAUUUCCAAAGCAACGUGUGGGCGCUUGGGUGGCAAAAAAAAGAGCGCACGGAAAAACGAUGCAGCAUAGUCAUUUCCCUACCACGCUCGCUAUAAAUAGCGCGAUAGCUCCAGAAUGCAGCCCUGGAUAUGUCGACGCACAUGGAAGGACGAGCAGUUGCAGUCCCAGCCAGCACCGAACCCAAUCGCGCACCGAUAGAGAGAUGACGAUGAUGAUGAUGAUGAUGAUGGUGAUGAUGUGGAGAAGAUGAAACCCCAACAGGAAGCACACAGUGCCCAAAACUAGGGGAGAGAACGUAAAAAAAAUAACACUAACAUGCACCCAACACACACUAUCGCCCUCGACAACGGGACAGUAUUGAUUGCGAACCGUUCUGAUAGAAAGAGGAUGAAUGAACAAAAAAAAGAAGGCAUCACCCUCUGGUGUCAUACGCACGUGCACGGGGGUUUCGCAAUUAUUUUUCGCACUUUUUGUUCGAUUUCCCACUGCUGCUUGUCGGUGGAUGGCAAAGUUUUGAUUUCAUUUCGAGCCAGCUCGAGCGGAAGGCAUGAACCUCGCUUAUGGCAAACAUUGAUCAAUGUUUCUUUCUUUUUCGUCUGCCUGCAUGCUCUCGUUUCCGCUGCGCCACCUGUUGUUUAUCAAAACAGCUUGUAACGUUGUGUUUAGAUUUUCGGUCUAUAUUCGGACCAGCAAGGCUUGUCAAUUAUUUCGAUGAAACUACAUUUUACCUACAGGAAACGAACAACCUGCAACCCAACUGUUAGUACGACGGCGCACUUUGUAGUGCAGCGUAGAGUGCUGAAAUUACGUCACCUAUCUUAAAGAUAAGUGCUCAAUGUCUAAAAGUGAGCAUUCUAGAUGGAAAAAAGGAAAGCACAAACACAAAACAACCAAAAAUGCUCUACUCAAAAAUAAUUAAAAACAAUGCCACUGACACUGAACUUUUAGUGUGAUUGUUAAUAGAAUAAUGAAUGUACAUGACACAGAAACAGAACAAAAAACAUUAAAGAAAAGAAGAAAUAAGAUUAAAAGACUACAUGGAAGAGAGAAACGCGACAUCGCACACGUUACAAUAUACAAACAAUGGUUCAAUGUGUUUAGGAAAAAUCUAUUUAGAAACGCAUCUAAGAUGUUAAUAAGAAACGUAAAAUUAAAAUGACAGAAAAAAAAACAAAACAAAACAUACGAGAAAGAUAAAGUGUGGUAAGGUAAAAUAAUCGAUAGAACAAUAUACUUAAUAAAAAAAACCAAGGUGGACGAAAAAUAUAACUAAACGAGACGAACGUUACACAAUACAAGCAAGCAUUCCCUUAGAGAGAAAAGAAAAGCAAGAAAAGAAACGGAAAACAACUGAAAAACAACUAGAACAAUGCAGAAGAAUGUGUUUACUACUAGUGCUAAAUAGCUAAAUGGUGAGUGUUAAAACUUCAACUGUAUAACAGUUUCAAUUAUAAGCAUCUAUUCACACCUAUCGUUCCGUUUUGAGCAUCGUGUCGAUAUAUAUGUAUGUAUAAUGAUCAUUUAAAUGCAUACACAAACACAUACAUACAUACACGUAAAGUGUCACAAACACACACGCACGUACUGACAAGGAAAAGAGAGGGAGAGACGAGAGAGUAAAUGGAACGAGAGUAUAACAGAAUGGCGUUUUAGUACACUCAUUUCAAAUGAUCAGUUUACACCUAUUUUACAGUUUAAAAUGUAAUUUAUAAUUUUAUAAACAUCAAGAGGUUGUUAUUAUUUAAUUUGUUUGUUUUUUUCAACUACAUUUUAAUUGCUAAUUACUACAUUUUAUGUUUUCCAAUUGGAAGCAUAUCAUUCCUGUUUCUUUCCAAAACACACCUGCCUUGGAUGUACUAAUAACUGGAAAGAACAACCGCCAAACGUGGUUUUGUUUCAAAUUUUCCAUCACUUUCCCCCACCACGCCUCACCGAUCUCGGUUUAUUUCUUGCAACCACAACCUCUCCUUCUCCCCUUGCAGCCCCCAAAGGGGAAAAAGCGGGUGCACGAGGCAGUGGCAAGUACCUUCCCGCCAACAUCAACAUCGAACAGCAACAUGUUUGGAAGCAACCGCGUACCACUACUACUGUCACCUGCAUGUGUAUGCUGAGCCCAUUGUAUGGCAUGGCAAGGACGUGGAAAGUCGGAGCCAACGGAUUUUUUCGAACCAUUUUCCCUCCUUGCUUCAUGCCGUGGGCUUGGCUUCCCCCUUUUCUUCUCCCCCUUUACCAGCGCGUUCCAGUGUGUUUGCGCUCACACUGAGCAGCAGCAGCAGCAGCAGUAUAAUUACUGAGUUCCGAUGAAAAUACCUGCGUUUUUGCAACUAUUUAUCCCCGUUCCGACUCGUUGGCGGAAUGACGUGUAUAUCAAUUUUAUCAUCCCUCGCAACACAACAAUCCAGCUUUGGAGGUUUGUUGCUCUUUGUCACCCUCUCGCCCCUCAGCUUAAUUGAAGGGGAAAGGGUUUGUGCUUCUAACGAACGCAUUUAGAACUUGUGUCCCAACGUGUGCAGGAUAAGCAACGACACACAUAACGCAUACAGCUUCCCGGCAUGUAGGUUUUCGGUUGCUUGCUUCAAAGUUUCCAAAAUUCCAACAGUUUCUGCAAGACAUACACUAGCAAAAAAAACGCAUGUUAAGGAAAGGUAAAGGGGAAGAAAAGGGACCUCUGGUGUACAGCAGCGAUCGCAUCCGGUCCGGAGCCUAAACAGGGCCGAACGCCAACCAAACAUCACCGCCACAGUGCCCGCCCUAUCGUUGAGGAGUCGUGUGGGGCGAUGAUGCGGGAAAGUCAUAUGAAAAUUUGGGCAAACAAACAAAGCGCUUCCACACAGUGUGAACACAGCGUUGGAAACGGGUUUGAAGCUUGCCGAUUGGAGGACAAUGUCUUCUGUUUUGCUGUUGAAGCAAUGUGCUUGUGUUUAAUGUUGUAGGCAGUUUUUUUAUUUUGUGUGCCAUGUGUAUCAAGCUAAGUUAUAUCGCUUGUGAAAAGAAUAAUACAAUGAAAAGGGAUAGAAAAAAGAACUGGAAAGAGUAAAAGUGAAUUAAAAAGAAAAGAAAAUCCGAACGAGAAAAUCAUUCCACACAACAAAGGAAGGAAAGGUGCUUGAGAUAAAAGAACAACAUACACAAACUAAAUAAGACAGCAAAAGGAUACAAACACAAACAAAAAAAACGCUAACAAAAUGUACACAAAACAAAAACAAACACACAUAUUCACCUUAGUAAGUAAGGCUGCAAAACAUACAAAACAAUAGAACUGUAUUAACUGUGGCUGCUGCCAGCUAUACUAGUGACAAUGGUAUGUGUGUUUUUGUUCCGUUAUUACUUCUCAUACUAACUGUACUUCGGGCGCGGGUCAAAUCCGUUUGAAUAUUUGUGAAUAUAUGUGAAGGGGGCAGGCAGUGUUUAACUUUGAAGAACAAUACGUUUUUGAUUUUUUUAAUAAUAACUCAUCAACAAAAACAACAGCAGCAGAGAGACAAAACAUAAAUGUAUAGCAAAUGAAGAAGAGAAAAUGAAACAGACAAUUAACAUGUUAUACAAUCAGAAUAAUCUUUACACCCUUCACCCUUGUUGCUAUCAGUGUGGAGGGAGGAAAAUAAAAUAAAUCGACAUUUUUUUAAGCUAUCACAAUUAAAAUCACACUUUUCCCGAUUCAAUCUCCCUUUUAUCGCUAUCAUCAGUAACCUGCUAGCACUGUACGGCUGGCGUACUGUUUUGCUAAAAAAAACUCCACCAAACGGUGACGAUGAAGAGAGUAACCCUGCCACUUUUACCAGGAAAAAAACACACACACGCACACAUAAACAUAAGCUGCGUGUGCUAGUUUAUUCAAAUAAGAUUUAAAUAAAAGCCGGAAGAAGAAAUCUGAAAAUAAUAAACAGAUAAUAUAAACACAUAAAUAAACACAAACUGCAAAACAUACAAGAAGUAAAUCCCGAAAACUCCGAAACGGAUGUUAGCAGUUAAACGUACAUAACCCAUACACGUCUGUCCCACUGUCGUCACUCUUUUACUCUGUAUUCGACGUAUAAAAAGAGAAGCAAAAUAAACGUAGAUUUUGUGGAUCACUGUUACCGCUAAAGCAAACAAAGUGAAAAACAAACAAACACGACAACAAAACAGCAGAGCAGCAGAACAAAUAAAACCUAAAUGAUAUAAACAAAAAACGAAACUAACUUCCCCUCAAGUGUGUAAACUAUAUUUGUACAAUAAAUUCUAAAACCUAUAAGAAUGUAA